AUAUUUUACAUCGUACGAGAAAAUGUACAUUGUAUGUUUCUUUUUCAUUUAAACAACGUUAAGGUUUUCAAAGAGAUAAGAGCAGUGUACCAGACCACUGGCCUGCAAAGGUGGACAUAUCAUUUGUUUUGGAUGCUUCUGAAAGCUUAAGUCUUGAUAAUUACGAAAAAAUGAAAGGUUUCGUGAAAAGGCUCCUUGAUGGAGCUGACAUUGACAAUGGAGAUGUUCGAGUAGGCAUUGUGUCAUACAGCACAAAAGCCAAUGUAGAAUUCAUGUUAAAUUCUUACAACACCAAAGCUGACGUGUUUGAUGCUGUGAAUUCAAUGUCUUGGAAGUAUGGAAGUACAAAUACAGCUGAUGGCCUUCGAGCAAUGCGUGAAGAGAUCUUUAGUGAAGAUAAUGGAGAUAGACACGGAGUUCCAAACACUUGCAUCCUUAUAACAGACGGUGUUUCCAACAUCAAUUCCAGGAGGACAAUCCCCGAAGCUGAGUAUGCAAAAGCAAGUGGUAUUCAUAUCUUUGCUAUUGGGAUCGGUCUCAAAGACCAAAGUGAGAUAAAUGAAAUGGUCAGCAAACCAGCAAGCACUAACGCUUUUGCAGUGAGAACAUUUGAUGAACUAGAGGAUCUAGAUGAAAAAGUCUUACUAAGAAUGAACUUUCUGGAGAAAGCUGAUACAACAGAGAAUUGAGAUGCGCCUUAAACUUUUGGGUUUUGUACACACAUCACAUUUCUGAUAAGAAUAAACUACAAAUAAGCAAGAUAAAAAAUAUUUCAUUUUAAU